CUCAGUAUAGGUCGCCAUCAUGGUGAACCAGGUUCAGCGAGGGGACGGUAGCUGGCAGCCGUGCAAGAGCGACUCCAGCGGGGCGAGCAACAGCGGCGGGGAGAGCUCCCGGGAGAGCUCCCGGAGCUCCACGCCGGUGCUGGACGCCGACCGCUCGGACCGGCUGCGGGACAAGAUGCGGAGGAGGAUGGAGUCCGGAGACCGCUGGUUCUCUCUGGAGUUCUUCCCUCCGCGCACGGCCAGUGGAGCUGUCAACCUCAUCUCCAGGUUUGACCGUAUGGGCACCGGUGGGCCCCUCUUCAUUGACAUCACCUGGCAUCCGGCAGGGGACCCGGGGUCCGAUAAGGAAACCUCGUCUAUGAUGAUCGCCAGCACAGCGGUCAAUUAUUGUGGCCUGGAGAGCAUCCUCCACCUGACCUGCUGCAACCAGUCCAAAGAGAAGAUCACCGGCUACCUGGCCAAAGCAAAGCACCUGGGCCUCAAGAACAUCAUGGCACUAAGGGGAGACCCAAUAGGAGCAGACUGGGAGGAAGAGGAGGGAGGCUUCAACUACGCCACCGAUCUUGUUAAACAUAUCCAAUCAGAGUUUGAUGACUACUUUGACAUUUGUGUUGCAGGAUACCCCACAGGCCACCCUGAGGCAGAGAGCUACGAGGAGGAUCUCCGACACCUGAAGGAGAAGGUGGAUGCUGGAGCAGACUUCAUCAUCACCCAGCUGUUCUUCAGGGCAGACACUUUCCUGAAGUUCCUGGAUGACUGUAGGGCGAUCGGCAUCACAUGUCCCAUCCUACCUGGAAUCUUUCCCAUCCAGGGAUACCAGUCUCUGCGUCAGCUCGUAAAGCUGUCGAAGCUCGAAGUACCAGAGGAGAUCACCAAAGUCAUCGAGCCCAUCAAAGACAACGAUGCCGCUAUCCGUAACUACGGGAUCCAGCACGCAGUGGAGAUGUGCCGUGUGCUGCUGGACAGUGGCAAAGUACCAGGCCUCCACUUCUACACGCUGAACCGAGAGAUCGCCAUCAUGGAGGUGCUCCGGCAGCUGGGCCUGUGGAUAGAGGACCCCAGGCGGCCUCUCCCCUGGGCAGUGAGCGCCAAUCCCAAACGGAAGGUAGAAGAUGUACGACCCAUCUUCUGGGCCUCCAGGCCCAAGAGCUACAUCUACAGAACCCAGGACUGGGACGAGUUCCCCAACGGCAGAUGGGGAAACUCCUCGUCUCCAGCUUUUGGCGAGUUGAAUGACUACUACCUGUUCUACUUGAAGAGCAAGUCAUCCAAAGACGCGCUGCUGCAGAUGUGGGGUGAGGAGCUGAUGAAUGAGGAGAGUGUCUUUGAAGUCUUCACCUGCUACAUCACAGCCCAACCCAACCGCAGCGGACACAAGGUGAUGUGUUUGCCGUGGAACGACGAGCCUCUGGCCUCAGAGACCAACCUGCUGAAGGACGAGCUGGAGAAGGUGAACAGACGAGGAGUCCUCACUAUUAACUCCCAGCCCAACAUCAACGGCAAACCCUCCACUGACCCUAUAGCGGGCUGGGGCCCUGCAGGAGGCUACGUCUUCCAGAAGGCCUAUCUGGAGUUCUUCACCUCCAGUGAGAAUGUGAACGCUCUUCUCAAAGUACUAAAGAAGUAUGAGCCCCGUGUCAACUACCACAUAGUUAAUGUACAUGGCCAUAACCUGACCAAUGCCCCUGACAUGCAGCCUAACGCCGUGACAUGGGGGAUCUUCCCCGGCAGGGAGAUCGUCCAGCCUACUGUAGUGGACCCAGACAGCUUCAUGUAUUGGAAGGAUGAAGCUUUUGCCUUGUGGAUCGAGCAGUGGGCCAAGCUCUAUGAAGACGAGUCUCCUUCACGGAUGAUCAUCAAGUAUAUCCAUGACAACUACUUUCUGGUCAACCUGGUGGACAAUGACUUUCCUCUGGAGAGCUGUCUGUGGCAGGUCAUUGAUGAUAUGUUUGAGCUGCUCGAUGCUCCUCCAGAGCCCUUUAACGAUGGAACAGCCUCUGAAUAAGAUCCAGCUUUUCAAACCACUUUUUUAGGGACAGAAAGAACACUGUGGAAGUAUUGAUAUUUGAUGCAUUGUCUAAGUAAGAAGUGACCUUCACAAUAUUUUUUAUAGAGUUUUUAUAAAUGUUUAUGUGGAUUUAAAAUAUAGCGUGAAAUGAAAGUUUACUGUCUCACCUGAACGAAGUUGGAAACAGAAUAUUUGUGACCUCCAUGAUCAGAAGCUUCCAGCUGAUAAACUCCCCUUGUGUUCAUACAGGUUUGUGGUCAACCCAUUUCCCUUUUAUUAGGUUUCCUUAUGCACAGAUGUCUCUGAUAAACAACAAAUGAGGGGGAAACUCAUAAAAUGAAUUGUGAAAAUCUAAUAUACAUUUAAGUAUGUUUUAGUUCAUCUUCAUCUUCAGAAGACAAUAACUCAAAUGCUAUAUUUGACUUAGUUUUUGAAAUGUGUACUGUUGUGGGUGAAAACCUAGUGUAGAGAUGCAGAGAGGUGUUGUGUAUGAACUCCUUUUUCCAUGUCAUGAAGAUGCUUUGACAGUUAGUGUCACUGUGAGCUGCUGAUGACUAGUGAACCACAAACUGUUUCACUCUCUACCUGCUGCCUAAUAUUCAUAGUCUCAUCUAUAUUUAUUUGUACUGCCUACAGCAUUAAAUCGUUUUCCAAUACUG